AUGAGCCUCUCCGCCACCUUCCGGGUCGCCAAAAUUCCCCGCACCACCCUCCCUCCAAAGUCUUGCAAGGCCACCCCCUCCUCGGUAUCGGCCUCCUCCGCCCCCGCGUCCGGAGAUCCACCGCCCAAGGCCGCCAAGAAGAAAAAGGAGGCGGCGCCGUGGUGCGUCUACCUCAUCUCCUCCUCCCGGGCCCCUCGUACAUACGUCGGCGUCACGACUGACUUCCCUCGGCGCUUGAGACAACAUAAUGGCGAGUUAAAAGGUGGUGCCAAAGCCUCUUCUGCUGGAAGGCCAUGGAAUCUCGCAUGCCUUGUCGAAGGCUUCACGAACAGAAGUGAAGCAUGCGAGUUUGAAUCGAAAUGGAAGAACAUCUCCAAGAAGAUGACACGGAAGAGGAGUGAGCCUGGCAUGAAUGCAGUAUUGCAGCACCGGGAAGUGGCAUUGAGCAGAGUAAAAACCUUUCUGGAUUGCAACCACCUCAACAUCAAAUGGCACUCAAGCUGA